GCGUAAGCAAUUUCAGUCGGGAGUUACGAAUUAUUACACGAACGUUAGUAAAAAAAAUCGUCAAUAAAUAAACACAGAAAUAAUAUUUUAUCGUAUUUCUUAUACGCAAUAAAUAGGACAGCAAAUGUAUUCCUCCAUUAAUUCCACGAACGGUUAAAUUUUAACCUCUGGCAUCAUAAUCAGAAAUCAAAGGGCGAUUCAUGCCAGAUAGCUGGUAUGUGUUUGUAUUACACAAUUGAAAUACUUUCGUCUUAACAGAUGAUUCUACAAUGAACAGAAUUAGGUUAGCUUCUUUAUUGAUUUUCCUCUGUCCUGUGGUUUCUGAGCAACCACCAAAUAUUAUUAUUAUUGUGGCAGAUGAUCUGGGGUGGAAUGAUGUUCAAUUCCAUGGUUCGCAGCAAGUUCCCACACCAAAUUUGGAUGCAUUCGGACGGGCCGGAGUCCACUUAAAUAAUUAUUAUGUCUCUCCGAUAUGUACGCCUUCCAGAGGAGCUUUAAUGUCUGGGAGGCAUCCGAUUCAUUUAGGUCUGCAACAUGAUGUCAUAUAUGCUGGUGAACCUUGGGGUCUGCCUCUAAAUAUUACUAUUCUUCCUCAGCAUUUAAAACGUUUGGGAUACGCUACUCAUGCUAUAGGAAAAUGGCAUUUGGGGUUUAAUCGAAAAGAAGCUACACCAACAAUGAGGGGUUUUGACAGUCAUUAUGGAUACUGGACUGGCCAUGAAGAUUAUUAUGACCAUACUGCAGAGUCGCCUGUAGGUUGGGGUACAGAUUUUCAUAAUGAUCUAAAAACUAUUAGAAAUGAAGCAGGAAAAUAUGCAACAGAUCUUUUUACACAAAGAGCAAUAGAAAUAAUUAAUAAGCAUAAUUCAUCUCAGCCUCUCUUUCUGUACGUAGCACACUUAGCUGUUCACGUAGCUAAUUCCUAUAAUUUAUUCCAAGCACCACCUAAUUAUGUAAACAGAUUUCCUCACAUUAAUGAUAACAGAAGGAGAAUCUUUGCAGGUAUGAUAUCAGCAUUAGAUGACAGCAUUGGUAAACUAUUUAUGGCUCUAAAUGAAACAUCUAUGUUAGAAAAUUCUGUAAUAGUUUUUACAAGUGAUAAUGGUGGAGCAGCUGGAGGAAUUGAUCAAAGUGUUGGCUCUAAUUGGCCAUUAAGAGGAAGUAAAUACACUUUGUGGGAAGGUGGGGUGAAAGCCAAUGGCAUAUUUUGGACUUCCUUUUUAAAUAAAUCCCAUUAUAAUUCUUAUAAUUAUUUGAUGCAUAUAUGUGACUGGUUGCCAACUUUAUAUUCUGCUGCAGGUGGUGAAGUAAGUGAUUUAGGUUCUAUAUAUGGACAUGAUAUGUGGAAAAGUUUAUUAUUUAAUUUACCUUCACCUCGUGAAGAAAUUCUCCACAACAUAGACCCUAUUUGGAAGAAUGCUGCUUUAAGAAGGGGAGAUUAUAAGAUUGUAAUUGGAACAGUGUUUAAUGGAGAAUAUGAUGGAUGGUACCCUACAAUUGGAAAUGAGAAACCAGAUUGUACUUUCUCAAAUACAUCUCCGGUGGAAAAUAUUCUAAAAUCAAAAGGAUGGAAUUUGGAUAAAGAAAAAAGUUAUAUCAUUACUUGCAAACAACCUCCUCCUAUAAAUAAAACACACGAAUGUAUCGAUAUACACUCUCCUUGUCUCUUCAACAUUGCAGAUGAUCCUUGUGAAUACAAUAAUUUAGCUAAAUCUAAUCGAAAGAUUUUAAAAGAAUUAGUUAAAAGUGUUACGGCAUGGAGCAAGACAGCUGUACCACCUGGAAAAGUUCCAGCUGACCCAGCGGCAAAUCCAGUUUUUCAUCAAUACGCUUGGGAACCCUGGCAAGAUUAGACAGUAAAUUUGUAACAAAAGAUAAAAAAAAAUUCAUUGUCAUAAUUUUUUUAAUAUAUACAAAGUAAUACAGAAGAAAAUUAUCAUGGAACAAAAUUAACAUACAACAAUAAUGAUAUAAUUAAUAUAUGUAUAUUUAUACAAAAAAUUAAAAUGAUGAGAAUAUGUAUCUAUGCUGAAAACAGAUACAAACAAAUUCAAAAUAGCAUGACAUAUAAUUUAUAAUAUCUAACAAAUUUAUAUUUCAAACCCUAUAAACAUAUUAAGGAAUAAAAUUUCAAUUGAGCUUUCAAAGAAUCAGAAAAAAAUAUCUCAUUUUAUGAUUAGCAAAUGACUAUGUAUUCAAUGCCUUGUUACAGAAGAUUGCACAAUUAUUAAAUAAAAAAAGAUAUAUUAUUUUUAUCUGUGUAAAUAAAACUGACUAUUUAACAAGCACAAUACACAAAUUUGAAAAUUAGUGCAGAAAGACCAGCUUUCUGUAAAUUAUUAUUAUUUUAAAAGGAAAUUUGCAUUAUGUACAAAAUUUAUUUUAA